CGGAAGAAAAAGGAAAGUUGUAAAUUUUAAUAUGAACUUUUCCACCAUAAUCCACCGUAAAAUAGCAUUGUAAGGUAAAUCGGGCACAAACGGAAAGACGAUGUCAUUUCAGAACGUUACAAUCAGUAACCAAUAGCAGAUUGACAAGCAAUCCCCAUUUGCCGAUUGCUGCGCUGGCAUGGCCCACCGUCAUAUCGCCAGGUUAAAUGUACCGAUUUACCCACGUGUCCUCUUCUUCCUUUUGAGUCAAAUCUAUCCGUUAACCCUAAAGUCGCUCACUCCCUUCCACACCUACCCUUCUCUCCUCUCUCUCUGUAACGGUUCGAUUUCCAUUGAAGGAGAGAAGAGGAAAGAAGGCAAUCACACAACUUUUCGUUUAAUUAUUGUUUUUAUUUUUUAUUUUUUUUACCAACGACGAUUAUUUUGAAGAUUCUUUGAAUCUCCGGGAAAUGGGGAAACUUAUCUGUGAUUCGACGGCGUCGUCGCCGGUGAUUCCAUGGAGGGACCCCACCUCCACCCCCUCCAACCUCGACUCCAUCGAUCUCGUUGACCAGAUGUCGGCGGCGGCCGCCAGCGCCGUCUCCACCACGCCGUGGGAAAAUGUUUCCGGGUUAGAGGACCAGCAGAGGAAGAGCCUGUCCAAGAUCCAGGCCAAGGGCGUGCUUUGGAAGCACCCCAAGGACCCGAGCACGUCGGUGGUGUUCCGGUUGAGCCACGGCGGAGAGGUGCAGUCGGACGGGAACUGCCUCUUCACUGCCUCGAUAAAGGCCAUGGGGCUUCCCCCGGCCUCUACCCCCAGAGAUCUGAGGCGCCGGGCCGUGCUUCGAUUCAUGGAGGAUUUCGGAUCGGCGAGCGUUGAGGAGAGGGGAAUGAUUGAGGCGGCGAUUAAACACAUGUACUCUCCAGAUCUAAAUGCCGGUUGGGGUAUUCACGUUGUCCAAGAGCUCAAGCUUUUAGCCAAGAAAGAAGACCGGGAAGCUCUGGACUCAGCCAUAAAUGAGCUCGUUCAGCUCGGAAUGCAGAGGGAAUUGGCUGCCGAGUCUAUUUACAAAGAGAGAUGUAUAGCUGUGGAUGAUGGGCCAAGUUGGGCGAAGUAUAUGUUAAUCUCUGGUUCCCCUGAAGAUGAAUACAAUAUCAUCAACUUGCAAUAUACAGAGGAGGGAUUGUUAACUGUAGACGAGAACAGAUAUGGUCAUGCUGCGGCUUUUGGUGAUGACAUUGCUAUCGAGUGUCUUGCUACUGAGUUUAAACGCGAGAUUUUUGUGGUUCAAGCUCACGGUUCUGAUGCAAUGGUUGAUGAAGAUAACUGUGUUUUCUUCCUCCCACACCGUCCAAGAAGUGAAAUAUGCGAACCUCCUUUCUUUCUUUUCAUGAAAGGAACAGGAUGGUGUGGAGCUGGAGGCGACCAUUAUGAACCCCUAAUUGCUCACCCUUCACCAUUUUCACAGGAGAAGGUUGCUCUGGUACUUUAGUUUAGAGCACAGUGUACUCAGCAUCACCAUUCAAAAUUUUGUUUCCCUAUUUCCUACGAUUCUUUCCCUUAGGGUGUCACACAGAGGAGAAUUACCCAUUUUUGUGACAGUCGAUUUUUUUUACUGUUAAUGGCAAGUGUGGUAGUCAGGUAGUUAUUUUGGCGGCUUUUAUUGUUGUUGUUGGUAUGUAUCAAUCAUCUUUUGAGUUGUAGUGUUUGUUUUGGUACUGGCACUAGCUAUACCUUCCAACUGAGUCACACACUACUCAAUGUAGUUUUUUCUCUGCUUGUUGUAUUACUGGACUUGGUUUAAACCAUAGAAAACGAUUCUGAUCUUUCUCAUUCCCAGUAGAAUACUAGAAUUGUCUUCUUUUCCUAAACUUUUGUGAGGCCUAAAUUGUUGGUAGUCAGCUCAGAUGAAGGAUGCAAAUUUGGAAUAGAGGGUUCUUUAUGGGGGAGCAAGCAGAAAAGAUGAGGAUCAUCUUUCUGAAGUAUGAUGAUAGCCCCAUAUACAUAGUGCUCUCCAGGCUUCCCUAAUGAGAAUGGAGUGGUUAUUAGCCUGAUUAAUGUUUGUUCAUUCAGACCUGGCGUACAAAUAAAUUUGCUGUUGCAUGUCUGGUUCAAUAGGUUAUGUACAAGUUGAUGUGCAAAUAGCAUGGCUUAUUCUUUUGAUACGAGUAUAUUAAUAUUCUUAUUGUAUUUGGAGAAGAUCAACUAGUUGGUAUUGGUAUAGUACAAUAUCAUAUCAAUAUUAAUAAGACCUGAAUAACUUU